CCCGAUUAGUGGCCCCAUGUUUGGGUCCCCAUUUGCAGCCCCGUUUUUUGGGGAAUCCCGAUUCGUGGCCCCGUGUUUGGGUCCCCAUUUGCAGCCCCAUUUUUUGGGGAUCCCAAUUAGUGGCCCCAUGUUUGGGUCCCCAUUUGCAGCCCCAUUUUUUGGGAUCCCGAUUCCUGGCCCCAUGUUUGGGUCCCCAUUUGCAGCCCCGUUUUUUGGGGGAUCCCGAUUCGUGGCCCCGUGUUUGGGUCCCCAUUUGCAGCCCCGUUUUUUGGGGGAUCCCGAUUCCUGGCCCCGUGUUUGGGUCCCCAUUUGCAGCCCCGUUUUUUGGGGGAUCCCGAUUCCUGGCCCCGUGUUUGGGUCCCCAUUUGCAGCCCCGUUUUUUGGGGCGCCCCCUGACCCCACCCCGCAGGGCGUGGACUCGCUGGUGCUGGAGAGCGUCAUGUUCGCCAUCCUGGCCGAGCGCGCGCUGGGGCCGCGCCUCUUCGGGGUGUUCCCGCAGGGCCGGCUGGAGCAGUACAUCCCGAGCCGGCGGCUGCGCACCGAGGAGCUGCGGGAGCCGCGCGUGUCCGCCGAGAUCGCCGUGACCAUGGCGCGCUUCCACGGCAUGGACAUGCCCUUCAACAAGGAGCCCAAGUGGCUCUUCGGGACCAUGGAGGGGUGA